AUGGACAGGUGGUACCUGGGUGGCAGCCCCAAGGAGAACGUGGACCCGUUCUACUACGACUACGAGACCGUCCGCAAUGGGGGCCUGAUCUUCGCCGCCCUGGCCUUCAUCGUGGGGCUCGUCAUCAUCCUCAGCAAAAGAUUCCGCUGUGGGGCCAAGAAGAAGCACCGGCAAAUUCCUGAAGAUGGGCUCUAA